AUGCAAUCAACGCAUAUUCAUCCUGAUGAAAAUUUCGUUGCAGGUUUUGAUUGGAAGCUUGCAACUUCACUCUUAGUUUUCUGCUAUUCUGAGAAAAAGAAAUAUCACUCUAUGAAAUUAAAAAAAUGCUUUUCUGCUUUAACAUUAUUUGAAAAAACAACCUCAUUUUUCCAACUAACUGCAGAGUUAAACAUAGUCUCUGACUUUUCCUCACGCCGUAUGAGUACUUCGGUAUCACCAGAUGUUGAAAUCAAUACGGUUCUUCCAUCGACCCAACCUAAAACUUUCCUCAAACUAAUAAAGAAACGAGCACUGCCUCCGCGAAUCGCAGUGAUUAUUCUCUGUUCUGUUGUUAUUGGAGCUAUUGGAGCUGUAAAUUUGGUCGUAUUUGUUUUUUUCAAUCACGAACAAUCAUCGACUACAACGACUAGAGCUACCUUGCGCAAUUCAACUAUGCCAGCUACAUGA